AUGAACAUGACUUCACGAGAAGACCAUGAUGCUUCCUCCCUUAUUUCUCAAGUAGAGCAUGCGUUGAAGCUUUCAAAUGACUAUGCUCUCGGGUUAGUACAUCCUGAUGGUCAUUGGUACGGCGAGAUGAAUACCAAUGUCACUGUCACUGCCGAAUAUAUCUUCCUUCGACAGGCCUUGGGACUGGAUCUCAAAGCUGACGUCGCAGCUUACUGCCAUUAUCUACUAUCGCAGCAGAAUAGUGAUGGCUCCUGGGGGCUGGCACCCGAGUACCCAGGCGAUGUGUCAACCUCGACCGAAGCCUACCUGGCGCUGAAGAUAUUGGGAACAAGCCCGCAUACCCCAGCCAUGCGGAAUGCUCGAGCAUUUGUGCUGAAAGCAGGCGGAAUUGCGUGCGUGCGCAUGUUCACCCGUAUCUUCUUGGCCACCUUCGGUCUGUUCCCUUGGAGUGCAGUACCAGAGCUUCCCGUGGAGCUCAUGCUUCUGCCAUCCAUCUGCCCAAUUAAUAUCUACAAGUUUGCAUCUUGGGCUCGCGGUACUAUUGCUCCUCUGUUGAUUAUCUGUCACCAUCAACCUGUGUACUCGCUACCGAAUGGAAAGUCCGCGAAUAACGACUAUCUAGAUGAGUUAUGGCUAGAUUGCGCCAACAAAAGUGUGCCUUACGGUCUGCCACUCUGGGAUUUAAUGUCCCAAAGAGAAUUUGCGGGGCUAGCAUUUGGAGUUCUGGACAAAGUGCUCUACCAACUGAAUGGACUUCGUUCCAUUCCUCUUAUUCGGGCAUACGCCCGAAAGCAGUGCAUCAAGUGGAUAUUGGAACGCCAGGAAAAGACUGGCGAUUGGGCCGGAAUCUUCCCGCCCAUGCAUGCCAACAUGUAUGCGUUUACGCUGGAAGGCUACGGACUAGACGAUGACCCAGUCCGCCUGGGAUUCCAAGCAUUGGAGAGAUUUGCCUGGGAAGACGAAAAAGGAAAGAGAAUCCAAGCCUGUGUCUCACCUGUCUGGGAUACGGCUUUGAUGACGAUUGGGCUGUGCGAUGCUAUGUCACCCAAUAAACAGACUAUCGACCAUGCUCUCGCGUGGAUCCGGGCUCGCCAGUUGCUUGAACCCCGCGGAGAUUGGCGCGUAUACCGGCCCCAGUUAGCUCCCGGUGGUUUCAGCUUCGAGUACGAGAACAGCUGGUAUCCCGAUGUGGACGACACAGCUGCGAUUAUCCUGGCCCAGUUGAAGCACGACACUGGAUCUAUUGGCUCCAAUUCUGUAAUUGCAGCAGCCACAUGGAUUCUGGGCAUGCAGAACCCUGAUGGAGGGUGGGCUGCUUUUGAUGUGGAGAAUGAUAAACUGUUUCUCAAUAAAAUACCCUUCAGCGACAUGGAUAGCCUGUGUGAUACAUCAUGUGGUGACAUCACUGGGCGGAUCCUUGAAGCCUACGGUCUGAUGAUGAAGAAAUAUUCUUCCGCAAAGACUGACGCGGAUCCCCUGUUGCACACCCUACGUGCCGCAUGCGUGCGCGGUAUGCAUUACCUUGCUUCUACACAGGAACCCAAUGGAUCUUGGUACGGAAGAUGGGGCUGCAAUUAUAUCUACGGUACGAGUCAUGUGCUAUGUGGUCUGGCAUAUUUCGUUGAUGAAAGACUGGUUCGCGUGAUGGUUAAAUCGGCUCUGCAGUGGCUGAAGUCAAGGCAAAACGACGAUGGCGGGUGGGGCGAGUCACUCCUAUCAUAUCAAUCGCCUGGCCAAGAACAGCAGGCCUCCACACCGUCGCAAACUGCAUGGGCGUUGAUGGGGUUGCUCUCUCAUCUUCCAGUCACAGAUGAUGCUAUUGAGCGCGGGAUUCGGUACUUGGUAUCCUCUCAAAGACCAGAGAAAGGCAUUGGAUCGUCGUGGCCCCAAGCGGUAUAUACUGGGACUGGGUUUCCAAACCAUUUCUAUCUGGGCUAUGACUACUAUCGCCAUUAUUUUCCUAUGAUGGCUCUCGGGCGGUAUCUACAAGGAAGUCAUGGCUUGAACUGA